CCAUCAGCAAGUUUCGCAUUUUCCCAAAGCCAUACAAACUUCCAAAGCAUCCACUCCAUCCAGAUAGCAUUCGCUAUGGCAGUCGCUGCUCUCACCAUUACUCCAAAGCUUCACUCUCACAUUCCCAAAACCUCAUUCGCUUCUUAUUCUUCUUCAUGUUUAUGUUCCUUUUCCUCAUCGUCAACUGAAAACAAUGCCAAGGUGACUUUGCAACCAAAUGUUGUGAGCAAAAGGAGUGUGUUCAAUGUGGGUAUUGGGCUAUUAGCAGCUUCGGUUGUGGCAUUGUCACCUUUGGAAGCCAAUGCCACGAGAGUUGAGUACUACGCCACCGUCGGUGAGCCUCUUUGUGAGAUGAACUUUGCUCGUUCUGGCCUUGGUUUCUGUGAUUUGUCUGUCGGGUCGGGUGUGCAAGCUCCACGUGGUGAGCUCAUCAAUAUUCACUACACUGCAAGAUUCGGUGACGGGACAGUCUUUGACAGCAGUUACAAACGUGGUAGACCUCUCACUAUGCGUAUUGGUGUUGGCAAGGUCAUUAAGGGAUUGGAUCAAGGAAUUUUUGGGGGUGAAGGUGUGCCUCCAAUGCAAGUAGGGGGAAAACGGAAGCUUCACAUUCCUUCAAAUUUAGCAUAUGGGCCAGAACCUGCCGGGUGCUUUGCAGGUGACUGCAAUAUACCUGGAAAUGCUAUUCUUGACUACGAUAUUAAUUUUGUUGGCAUCUACUCGGGAAAUAGAGCAUUGCCUACAAGUCUGCUCGGGAAAUAGAGUGUUACCUAUUAAGUGCAUCUCCAGAUUUUCCAUGAUGGAAAGCUGAGUUGAGACAGGAAUGCAAGUAUAGUUCAUAUAUGAGAGCACCUUUUCUUAUGCUUGGCUUGCAGAUCAAAAAUCCAUCCCCUGGAUGACAUACGGCCCUGGCAUUCUAUGUUGCAAA